GAUCCGGCUCGGGGAAGCUGCGGCACGAGGCUCUGGCGUGGCGUGCGGGGAGCAGGCGAGGUGGAGAGGGGGGUUGGGAAGGAGCAGCACGCAGGGGAGAGUGAGGAGGAUCCGCCGCGUCCGCCGCCUCGAGCCACGCAGACACACGAGACGUGAUGCAGGAUGCUACCCUACUGAACGAGAUUUCAGAAAUUAGCGGGACCAAGAAAAAAAAUUGAAAACAAAAUCUGUCGGAAAAACCGGUUAAUUUUUUUAAGCAACUGGUCAAGCAUCAAUAAAGCCUCAGAUAAACGUUGAAUCGUAGACAAUUUCGCUGUAUAUGCCGCCUUUACACAUAGCGUCGUCGAUGGAUCACGGCGCCGCGCCGACUGGCGGCGUGCCCCAUGACUGGUCCUCCUCAUCCUCUGUCGUGGCCCGCCCAUACCCGUGGCCACCGCCGCCGCCGAUCACCUCUAACAUCCUCACCACCCCCGCCGCAGUCGCAGCGCAAGCCAUGGCCACCUGCAGCCGCGCCACGAUUUCCUCCUCCCUGGCCCCGCUGCCCAUCCGCAUGAGCUCCGUGUUGAACACCUCCGCCGUCCUCUCCUCCCGCACAACCGACCGCACCCACCUCGGCAGAUCCACCAGCGCCUCUCCCCUGGUUGCCGCCGCCCGGGAGGCCGGGACCUGCCGGUAAGGAUCUCGAGGAGCACCAUGAGCGAGUACACUCUCACUUGAGCGUGGGCCGACGCAGGUCCACGAGCUCACGGAGGCGGCGGCGCGAAGAGGUGCUGGAGGCGGCCGUACGUAAUCGGAGAGCGCUGUGUCCGGUUGUCUAGGCAGACGCAAACCCGGCCUUGAUAAUUAUCCGCAUGACACAAAUGGACGCACAGGGACAAAAUGAGUCCGGAGUCGCCCCACGAAUCCACGCCGUGAGCUGCCACACAGAUUUGGCCGCAAGCGGAUAAUUUAAUUUUGCAGAAGUUAUACUAUUAAGCGCUUGCACAAGCGUCUAGCUGGCCUAACUUUAAACGAAGAAGUCCAUGUCCAUGGCUAGUAGAUCUUGGAUAUUUUUUUAGGGAGAAACAAUAGAUCAAUUGAUCUACUGAUGUACAAGUAGAUCUUGGAUUUACUGCUGGGAGCAUGCAGGAAGAGAAGGGAAUCUUCAUCUUGCGAGGCAGUCUGCUACAACGCCUAUCAUACAAACAUCUUCGGAGUAGCAAAUUUGUAGCAAAAUCCAGUUUCGCAACCACCAAUUGUGACCUCCCAGAAUCCAGAAGCUUUUGCGCCACUCCACUUGGAUCCUUUGACAAGAAACCCCGACCAAACUGAAUCAUGGACAGCACUGGCACCGGCUCGAGCGUGGCCCAUGAAGGCGGCGAGGGCGCCAACGUCUUCUUCCUCCCGGUCCCAGGGGCGCAGGGCCACACGAACCCGAUGCUCCAGUUUGGCCGCCGCCUGGCUUACCAGUACGGCUUCCGCCCCACGCUCGUCGUCAGCAGCUACACGCUGUCCACGACCCCGCCCCCCGACGCGCCCUUCCGCGUGGCCGCCAUCUCCGACGGCUUCGACGACGGCGGCAAGCCGUCCGGCCCGGACAUGACGGAGUACUUGCGCCGGCUGGAGGCGGUCGGGUCGGACACGCUGGCGCGGCUCCUCUCCGACGAGGCGCGCGCCGGGCGGCCCGUGAGGGUGCUCGUCUACGACCCGCACGUGUCCUGGGCGCGGCGUGUGGCGAGGGACGCCGGCGUGCCCGCUGCGGCUUUCUUCUCGCAGCCGUGCGCGGUGAACAUCUUCUACGGGGAAGUGCACGCGGGGCGGAUGGCGAUGCCCGUGACGGAGAGCGAUGCGUGCGCGCUGGUCGGGGGUGGAACGCUGGGCGUGGAGCUUCGGCCGGAGGAUUUGCCGCCGUUCGUGGCCUUGCCGGAGUGGCACCCGGUGUUCACCAAGACGUCGAUUCGGCAGUUCGACGGGCUGGAGGACGCCGACGACGUGCUCGUCAAUUCCUUCCGCGACCUCGAGCCAACGGAGGUAGAAUACAUGGAGUCAACAUGGCGAGCUAAGACGAUAGGCCCAUCCUUGCCGUCCUUUUACCUAGACGAUGAUUGUUUGCUAUCCAACAAGUCUUAUGGUUUCGACCUCUUUAGCGGCGACGAUGGGGUUUGCAUGGAAUGGCUGGAGAAGCAAACCAUUUCAUCAGUUGUGUUUGCAUCUUAUGGGACUUUCUCAAAAUAUGACGAAUCCCAGCUAGAGGAGCUCGGAAAUGGACUAUACAGUUCCGGCAAGCGUUUCCUUUGGGUUGUGAGGUCGGAUGAGGCACACAAGUUAUCACAAGAACUCAAGACGAAAUGUGAGAAGAAAGGACUAAUUGUUCCUUGGUGCCCCCAACUUGAGGUUCUGGCACACAAGGCCACAGGUUGUUUUUUAACGCAUUGUGGAUGGAACUCAACAUUGGAGGCAAUUUCUAAUGGUGUACCUUUGGUGGGAAUUCCACAUUGGGGAGACCAGCCCACAAUCGCGAAGUAUAUGGAAAGUGCAUGGGACAUGGGUGUGCGAGUGCAGACGGGCUUAAAUGGACAAGUGCGAAGGGAGGAGGUUGUGAGAUGCAUCAAACAAGUGAUGGAUGGUGAGAGGAAGGAUGAGUACAAAAGGAAUGCUAUGAAGUGGAUGCAAAAGGCCAAGGAGGCAAUGCACACGGGAGGAAGCUCAAACAAGCAUAUUGCCGAUUUCGCCACCAAGUAUUCGUCAAGUUAAAAGUGUAGGUGAUCUGUCGGGCGGCGUACUAGCUCCGUACUUGGUCCCCAUUGCUUUCGACGGGGCCAAGGAUUUUAUGGAUUUUGGGUGCAGCCGUAUGGAGACGGUAGCACGGGCUUUUUACAGCCAAUUUGGGUGGCGCGCCGAGCGUAGGCUGGAUAAUGGAUGAUCUUUUCAGCCUUUAUGUUUUUCUUUUGGGCACUCUUGAGAUGUAUUUGUAGAUGCUGUUACGAUACUUGACUUAAUAAUGUUAUGGGUGUGUGCAUCGAUUGAUGCAGAGGCCGGAGGUAUUUCUUCCUUUUCGAAAAAAAAACACGUGUGUUUGUUAUAUCUCAUGUACUGUGUUUCUUAAAACAAAACCUAAAGUAUUUGUCUCUGAAA